AUGGUGUUUGUCGCCACCGAGCACCUUUACAAUACUCACCCACAGUCAGACCUUGAUGUCUUGAACAUCCCAUUAUUCAUUAUGGGCGCUGUGAUCCACUCAAUAAUCGCGUUGGUUAAACCGUCGACCGUCCCAGAAGUACGGCAAAGUGAACUCUUUUCUUCUGGCUUUCUCCCACUGUCGGUGCCUGUGUUGUCCCUCAUGGUCAUGGAAGCACUGUCGGGCAUACUGAGUUUAUCAGUCAUUUUUUGCCAAGGCUCAUUCACUCUAGCCGUAUUCUGGUCGUUUGAUGCAACUAUACUGCUAAUGACGCCAUUACUAGAACUCUCAAACACAUCCUUGGGCCUUCUCGUAGCAUUCUCCUUGCUUGUCUAUGGUGGCAUCACCUUCUUAUCAGCUCCCGAUGCACUUCGGGAAGAGAUUGAAGAGGAAGCUACGAAGAAUACUUGGCGGAAAACUCUGCUCGUCGUAGGUCUGACUGCUAUUCUGGCCUUUACCGCCGUCGCGACUAUGCGCCCGUCCGCUGUUUCUUCGAUGAAGUUCGCCGCACCUCAUCGCCAACUUGCUCCCAUCACGUCGACUUGCCUGCGAAAACCGCUCCGGUCGCAAUCCUCCUACGACAAGCCCCGCACAUAUCACCAUUUCGAUAAUGUACUGCUAAUCGUGUUCUUCAGCCAUGCACGGUACGGUGCUAACUUGGAUUAUUAUAAAGAAGUCUAUUCGGAAUACUUCCCUAAUAUGGUUUUCAUUGGUCCUGCAAGUCGGGAAGAUGCUGGUUUCUCGCACUCGUACGAUCUAAUGGUUGAUUCAUAUCAGUCAGACGAAGAUUUGUCGGACCCUAACUUCUAUAAAAUGGCAGGAAGAAUGGCUCAUCACAUGCUUUAUACCGCCAUGAUGGAGCACAACUGCUACGACGGCUACUUAUGGGCGCCAUUUGAUACUCUCCUCAAUAUCCCCCGGUUACAACUGUUUGAUCAAACAAAAUUCUGGUACUAUUCUCCGUGGGGGAGGUUUGUACCUAAUCCUCAAGUAAAGGCGGACGAGAAUGGAGGCAAGCAUGCUCCACCCGCGAGGAUAUCUCCCGACCCUACCUUGAAUGUGACUGCCAGUUGGCAAGGCUGGGCGAAAGACUGGUGUGACCCACAUGUUGGCUCGGCGGUCUGCAUGGGAGCGUUCAACAAAGUACCGGAAACGAUGCGCUCAAGGAUGGCGUCUUUUACUGACGGGAAGACACGUCUCGUGGGGGGUUCUGCCGACACUGUCUACAUUCCUGGGCGACAUCGCGACGAUUUCAUGGAUAUAUUGGCCCUAUUUCUCGAAACCGACUGCUUCUUGGAAAUAGCGGUGCCAACCACGAUACAUCUUGUCGUACCUCCCAGCGAAGACAUUCUAUACCUCGAUCACUGGUGGAUAUGGGAGCCUCCAUUCAACGCCACCUACGUCCGACAACGAUGGGAAGAAGGAUAUGAAGUAGAUACGUUCCAUACAUUCCAUUGGGGCGAAAAAGACGAGUCGGGGGUAUGGAGAGGGAACUACAACCAUGUCGCGGACAUACAGCAUUUACAAAAGGAAUCAGCAAUACGGCAAGGGAUACAUUUAGAUUGA